AUGACGUUUGAAGACGAUUCCACUCGAUCUCUACGAGAGCAUUCCAUGGACUCGCGCGUGAGCGAUAAUGGAAGCAGGAGAGGCUCGCGCGGCAGUGUCAUCUCUACUCACAAAUUUAAUGCUACAGAAGCAGGUGGCGAAAUGAAGGCUGAACAAUGUGCAUUCGACCUAACUAAUUCCAGUAUUCACAAAGUGUGCCAAAUGAUUCCUAUGGUUGUGCAAAUACUGCUUGACAUUCUCGAGACACGUAUUCCACCCAUUCAUAACUUGAGAGCGGGUCUGAAGGACAAAACAACAGCUGAAAUUGCAGCUAUGACCGAAAACAUCAGGCGGAAUUCAGCAGCUGGGCUAGGCUUUGCGAAACAGGCUUUGGAGGAACACAGCACGGGAACACUCCUACAAGUGCUCCGUUGCUAUCUCAUGAACAACUACCCCUCUCUCUUUGAGCCCACAUACCAAUUGUGUAAACUGAGUUCAAUUUUUCUGUACAUUCCUUGCAUUCCAACCGAUAAUAAGCGCUAUUUUGCAAUAGAAGAGGUGGCCAAAGUCUGCGAAAAAAUGACUACACGUCGAGUCAUGUUGCUGUCGUUAAUUAUGCGAAAACUACAUUUAUGGGUUGAGAAGCAAAUUGCCUUCGAGGUGACUAAUAAUCCUAACGUAAGUGCCGAAAAGAUUGCACAUGAUGCGUAUUCAGUGCUGGCUGACCUGUUUGUCGAUUGUCUGAUCCGUGUACCGACAAGAAUACAGAUGUCAUUGCUGGAUACUGGGAUUAACAUAGAAGAGGUAGAGAGCAUACUAGAGACACAUGAAGUGGAAGAACCAGAAAAGUCAAGUAGAGAAGAAAGUGAAGCAGAGUCUGAUGGGAGUAUCUACAGCGCUACCCAGUACUUGAAGAAACAAAAAUCGCGAGAAUAUUACAAGAGGCUUGCAAUGAAUAUAAAACUGGCAAAAGAGAACGCUAGGCGUGAAGCUGAAAAGGCUACAGCAAAAAUGACCCAAAAACCUAUGACAACUACCAAAGGUAAUUUAGAUAUAAACGAUUUUAAAGCUGUGCCAGAAGCGCAUUCGAGACCAGAAAUUAUGUCCAUACAAGAAUCAGUGGAAGUGCAAGAGAUACUGUUAAUUUCCGACAAUGCAUCCCCGAAAGAACCAUCGUGUUCGCAACUGCCAUGUAAAGGACCAUCGAUCAGGAUAACCGAUGCUGCUAACAAUGAAUGUGGUCGAAUUUGCCUAGACAAGGAAAUAUCGUGGAGUGUAUUGAUGCUGCUGAUAAGUGCAAUAGGGAUCGACUUUUGGCACAAGGUAGCAUUGGACGUGUUGACAACAAAGCAACACCGAGAGAAGAUGCGUAAGGGCAGGGGAAGGAAAUGGAGGAAAUUUGCAGACCUUGCACUACUGCAAAUGAAGAAGUGA